AUGUAUGCAUAUAACAACUUGUUAUUGGCAGUUACAUAUCUAGCAUUAAUAUCUUGUGUAAAUGGUGCCUAUGAACGUUCUUUUAGGGGCCGAUGGAAGGUGGCACAGAGUAUAAAUCAGCGCAAAGUUGAUCAGAUAUUAUCGCAAUACACAUUAGAUCCGACACAUAUUGAUGAAUUUAAGCAGAAACUUUUUUCUAAUUUUAUGAGUUUUCAAUUUGGCAAUUAUAAUGAAGUUCUUAAGACCGAUUUGACAGGUUUAUUAGAGCAUAAGGGCGGAGUUUGGGAAUAUUCGCCUUCAUGGAUGUCCUACAUCAAAAAUGAUACCAAUAAACCCAUCGGUAUAUUAAAAUUCGAGAAUUACUACAAGACUGUGCAUAACGGUAAAUUCUUGCAUUUUGCAAUAUAUUACCAGAUAGACAUAUACAAGGGCAAAUAUAAUUUUGGCGGUGGAAGUGCCGUACCUAGCAGGCUUGGAGGCCAAGUCUGGUUGUCUAUGCAUCCAAUUUGGCCUACUAUGCAGUUUAGGAUCGGAACUUUUACACUGGAACCAGAUGUGGGCAGGUUGCUAUAUGAUCAAGCAACAGGACCCCUAUCUGAACAUUUAAAGCGGAGGCACAGGUCGAAGGAAAUAUAG